GCGUUCGAAAACAACAAGAAGCGUAAAUUCAAUUGAACCGUUUGCUUUCCGCAUAGGCGUAUAUUUAACAAAAAAUGGUGCUUUUAAUUAACACAAUAAAAAAAUUUUGGAUUUUCAAUUAUUAAAGCCCGAUAAUACAAAUAUAUAUCUAAGUUGCGUUCGACGCAAAGAGUAGCAUUGCAAAACAGAAGGAAAAAGGUGAAACACAAAAAGCAUAACGUCGCAAACAACACCUAACCUCAUAUUUGUGGAAAAAGCGGGCAAAGCAAACGUCAAACACUAAUAUUUGUGCCAGCACCUUCCAUUGCCUUUGUUGUAGGCAGUGCCAUUGGGCAGUAAGAAAUAUAAUUUGGAAAUUAAUAAGCGGUCGAGCCUGAAAAAUUGCGAAGAUUUCACCGAAAAGGAAACAAAGUUUUCAUCAUAUAAGAAUGGAAGUGGAUGAUGCUGCAGUGGUGACAAUAGAUGCACCAGUUGGAGGGGCAGCGUCACCACGCUGGUUAGCAGAGAAUGGCGGCACUCGUACAGUAAGUCACAUUGGGCAACGUAAUGGCACGAAUGCUUCAGCGAUAGCCGAAACCAUAGUAGAUAUUCCCGAUGUAGAAGCUCCGCCGGAGCAAGAUACCCGAGAAAAUCGUAGCGAUGAAAGAAAUGAAGAUGAUUCACUUUAUUCAGAAUCGGCAUUAAAAUUAGAAGUAUCAGGUACAGAGGAUGAAGACAGUCGUGAUUAUUGCGAAUCUGUUUACCAAACAUUGACAUCAAAUUCAGUAGAUAAAGAAAUGUUGAAAACAGAAGCAAUUAAUGUAUCACUCAAACGUAAACGAUAUGAAAUUCGACGCUCAGGAUCAGAUGAAUGUUUGUUAGGAUUUGAUGAGCAAAAUGGAGAGGCGAAGGUAAUAAAAGCGGGCACUGCAUCACUUUCGAAAGCGUAUAAUGAAAAUAUUGAAACUUCGCCUCGUCCCACAAAAAAGUUAAAGCAUAAAUCAGCUCUAACUCCACCAUCCCGAACUUCACCAUGUUCGCAGGUGUCUCCUAAGGAUUCUGAAGAAUUUGAUAUGUUCGAAAUUGAUAAAAAAGUCAAGAAGGAGGAAAGCUACCGCUCGGAACAUAUAGUAGCUGAUAAUGAAGAAAUAGAAACAAAUGCAAACGCAACUUUAAAAAGUUCUACUGUGGCAACAAGUUCUGGAACACAAAUUGUAGGUAGUGGGAGCAAAAAACCAUUGUCAGCCCAAGAUGACUUUUACAAAAAACCUUUCGAAUACGGUUGGAAGCGUGAAUUAGUAUGGCGCGCAAAUAUAGAGUCAAGUAAAGAUAAAGCUGACGUAUAUUUUAUAACACCCGGUGGGAAAAAACUUCGCACACGAAGCGAUAUAAUACCUCUUCUUGAGGGCGAUUUAACCAUAGAUCAUUUCAGUUUCGCCCGUGAACCACUUGGCGCUGGGGCGGAAUGUGAGACCGUGCGAAGUGCAAAGCCAUCUAACAGAGUUUCUGCAGCAGCCGCCACAAUAGCAGCUGCACCCACGCCUACUAAUAUUGGUAAACGAAUUUCUAAGCCGAAAGGACCGAAAGGCGCUAGCCCACCUCCCCAAGGGUGGACACCAACACGCGCACUUAAAGUAAAUAAUGCUUUGCUUAGCGGCACUAUUUCGAGUAGAUAUUCUGCCAAUUCAACUCCUGGCACACCACCAAGUAGUCGAAAUGCGAGUUCCAGUAGUGGUGCGAGCCAUAAAAACAGUAAAAUUAAAAAGGGAUCUGCCAGCUCUAAUGUGACUGCCGUAAGCGCCCAUGCAAGCACAGGAUCGGCGAAUAAUCCGAUUUCCCAUUCAACACUUGAGCCAUGCACGAUUAAAUGUCCGCGUGCACCAGGACAAGUGCCACAACUCAAAUGUGUUAAAUGCCUUUGUCUAUUCCAUCACGAGUGUGUUGGCUUAAACCGUUUAAAUAGUGAAUAUCGCAUUGCUGGAGAAAGUGGCACUCAUUCCAAAGGCCGGGAAUACAUAUGUGAGGCUUGCUUGCCGGUAUCAGAGAUUUCGUCUGGGACAAAAUCAGUGACAACUCGAAAACCCUCCUCAAUGCGUCCUAUCCGUCUUGAAAACAAGUAUCCACAAACUAUUGCGGUAGUAAAAGGGAAAAAGUAUGUGAUGGUUGCCAAACCAAUUGCUCCCCCAACUGAACACGUCAACGAUAUCGAAAAUGAUUUGAAACAAAUUAACGAAAGCAUCCGGAACAAUCGUAAGACAUCUGCAAUAUCCUUAGAUGCACCAGUUUUAUCACAUGGCAUUCCGCCCGCUCAAGCUGCAGUGGAUCAAUCAAACAAAGUUUUCGCCACGAACUUUUUCGCAAAUGUGUCAUUUGCUUAUGACGCAUUGCUCUGCAUUCUUAAGUACUUGAAAAUACAUGAACGUCCACGUGCAGCUUCAGUUUGUAAACUAUGGCAUCUCGCUGCAAAAGAUACAUCAUUAUGGCAAACUGUUCGGAUGAAAAACUCCCGGGUUAGUAGUUGGGCAGGCUUCGCUGCCGCAUUGCGUCGCGGCGAAACAAAGCAUUUAGAUCUUAGAAAAAUGUUGGUGUCUAGCACUCGUGGUGAAGAGAUGUGGCAAGAAUUUUCUGAACAUAUAGGAACUGUUUGUUCAUUAGAAAUUAUCGAUCUAUGUCGGUGUUCAGCUCGCAUUGUAGAAAAUUUAUUUCAAAGCAACAAAAAUUUGCGCAUAUUAAAUGCUGUUGCCAUUAAUGAUGACUCUAUAAAUCUUGAGCACAUUGGAAUACUAACACGACUGGAAGAGUUGCGUCUUCGUACAUGUGAGCCAGGCGUAAUUACAGGCAAUUUGCAAUCGUUACAAGCACUUACAAAGCUGAACCAGCUAUCUUUGACUGCUGUUCGUGAAUUGGGUUCUAAAGGUGUAGAAGUACUUGGUGAAUUAGUUAACCUACGUUCAUUGGAGUUGGGCGAAUGUGGAGACUUUGAUUCUACUUUUGCAAGAAUUGUACUUCCAAAAUUGAAGAAUCUUCGUCGAUUGCGUGUCGAAAAUGGACAGGAAACGAGCUGUUGUACGCUAGAAAUACUGGAGGCAGUUUCGCAACUAGAACUUUCCCAAUUAGAACUUGUAAACUUCGAUAUUAAGUCCGGAUUUGAUGAGAAAUUGCAGCUUUGUACCAAUAUUUGCAAGCUGCUUAUCAUUCCUACGUAUAUUUCGCAAUCAGCGACCACAAAUCACAUCGUAUUGAACGCCGUACAGCAAGUAGCUUCCACGUUGAAGGUGUUUACGUGGGGCGUUACAGUUGAACUGCUGCGCGUAACUGCCUUAUAUGUUGAUCAGUGCGAAGAAUCAACUAAAAAGGAAAAACAUCACUUUGAUGAAUGCAUUCCGGUCCUGAAACCUGUACCCGGAGCACCGGUUGCUGAGGAUAAAGACGACGAUGACGAAGAGAAGGGAAAUGCCAAGGAGGAAGCAGUACCAAGUGAUGUUCCACAAAUUGAAAUAUUACCAUUAGACAAAGUAGAAUCCAUUCUAGGCGACAACUUGCCGAAAACUAAAUUCACUAUUGUGAAAGUGCCGUAUCAUGCUACGUGUAAACAGCAACUUGUUGAGUGAAAGUUGGGCAAAUAAUUGAAAAUAGGCGUUCUAAACUGGGGAUAAUGCCGAGGGUCUCAUGCAUUCAUAUUCGACUUUAUGGAUUUUUAAUUUGAUCCGACUUAGAAAGCCAAUUCACAAUCUUCGUGUGUACAAAAUAUACAAAGUUCAUCCCGUUUUAUUUAAUUUGAAAAAUAGUUGUUAUUAUUUUGGAAAUAAACAUAUUUUGACUGGCUUAAAACUGGACCACGUAUGCUUAUAUUUUAAUUUGCACCGCACUUAGUAAAGAACUAUGAUUUAAAAUACCCAGACUCACUACAUUCGCACACAUUUGCUAUUUUAAACUGCUAUGGUGCCUAUGUAGAUAAUCGAGCCUAUCAGAAAUAAUAUAAAUAUUAGCAUUAAUGUCUUUAAAAAUGAAGUUUUUAAUAUUAACCUGUAAUACUUUGAGUUGCAGUUUUACAAUCGCAAUAAAUUGUAGACGUUAUCACAAAAUUUA